GUUUACGGAAGCUGCAUCAUGCGAAGUUUAUAGAGGCUAAAAGUUGGCGAUAUUUUGCGUAUUCUUGGCAAUCAGCAUGCUCCUAAUAACGUGUUGAAGUUGUUUUUUUGUAGUGAUCGUUUUCCAGCUAACAUGCAGGCGGAAUCACCCGUAACGUCUCCGAAAUUUGAUUUGUUAGACUCGUGUGGUAAAUUUCGUGUGCUGGUUGGGGUCACGGGUAGUGUGGCAGCGCUCAAAGUGCCUCUGUUGGUCUCCCAACUUCUAGAGUUGCCCGGGGUGGAUGUGCGUGUUGUCACUACAGAACACGCCAAGCACUUCUACAACCCUGCUGAUGUGGCUGUCAGAGUCUACAGUGACACACAUGAGUGGGAGGUUGGUUAUCAAACAGAGCUGUGGAGCCAGCGUUCUGACCCUGUCCUGCACAUAGAGCUGAGACGCUGGGCUGACCUCUUCGUUAUAGCCCCUCUGGACGCUAACACACUGGGGAAGAUCGCCAGCGGCAUCUGUGACAACUUACUGACGUGUGUGGUACGGGCCUGGGAUACCAGUCGUCCUCUACUCUUCUGUCCAGCGAUGAACACUGCUAUGUGGCAUCACCCCAUCACCUCUCGCCAGGUGGACAUCCUUAAAGAGUUUGGCUACGUUGAGAUCCCCUGCAUCGCCAAGAAACUGGUCUGUGGAGACCAAGGUAAAGGGGCCAUGGCAGAGGUGUCAACGAUCGUAGAUGUUGUGAACCAAUUCAUCCAGAAAGCUGCCGAGUCUCCUCAGGAAGGAGCAGGCCAGGUGCUGUGAGGAAGGAGCAGGCCAGGUGCUGAGAGGAAGGAGCAGGCCAGGUGCUGUGAGGAAGGAGCAGGCCAGGUGCUGUGAGGAAGGAGCAGGCCAGGUGCUGUGAGGAAGGAGCAGGCCAGGUGCUGUGAGGAAGGAGCAGGCCAGGUGCUGUGAGGAAGGAGCAGGCCAGGUGCUGUGAGGAAGGAGCAGGCCAGGUGCUGAGAGGAAGGAGCAGGCCAGGUGCUGUGAGGAAGGAGCAGGCCUGUGAAUAUGAAUGAACUGCAGAUAGUAAAACCCAGAUGGACUCCUAGACCCUAUGCACUUGUGGAGAUCUGAGAGGAUUUUGAUUGGAAUAGGUAAUAUGCUGAAACUUCCAUCUAGCUUAUCAGAGGGCAAGGUGGAACUAUUACCAUAAUGACUGCGCCUGUCAAAUCUUCUCAGAUCUGCUUAAAUCAAUCCCUAGGUCCUAGGGGUCCAGUGGGAUUGGGCCGGGGGUCCGUUUGGAAUUGGGCCAUUGACACGAAGAUGAGGCAUUCAGAUGAAGAUUGCUGCAGUUGUGAUGUGAUGUAAUCAUUUGAAUGUAAAUGAACCUAUUUUAUUGAAGCCCCAAAUGUUAAAGAGACAAGAGUUUGCAAUAGAUGUUUGUAAUUUAA